AUGGUGUUGGAUAAAAAGUUCCACCAACUAUUCAAGCCUGACUUACUACCCCUAGAGGAUCCUUUCAAUGGCCGAUUUGACGUGCUGAACAAAUCAGAGAUUGAAGACAAUGAAUGGAUUCUUCUCUAUUUGGAGCUUGCUGUUGCCACAUCUUUCAGGAACCAUACCAAACAUGGUCUAACCAGUUUGAAGAUUCUGAAAGUAGCUAUGGAAAUUCCACCAAGCCUGGUGGAGCCUUUAAAUAAGGGACUUGACGCCUAUGACGCAAUUUUCUACAUUAGCUACAAGGACUUUUGCAAGGCUCGAGUUGGUAAGGAUGUCGAUAGCAUUGCUAUAGUCAGAACUCAGAAGAUUAUUGGAUCCGAAAUUGGAAAUCUUAAGACUCGGCGGUCUAAAAAUAGAUUAGUUACGGUUAAAAAAUAUACUAACCGUAACCGUUGUACUCAGAGCUCACAAACCAUCAAACCAUCAAACACCAUGGAAGCUGGCUCCUCCUCGUCCAUGGAUCUAGACUAA